CCACUAAAAGGAUGAAACAUCCAAGGAAGAUGCAUACUUUUUUCUGGGAAAAGUAAAUGCUUUGCUUGUAAAUAAUUGACACGAUCAGGCAUUUUUAGAGUGGGAUGCACCUGCCAUGUGAAUCCUCCCGAAGUCUUCAUUUGUCCACUCCCACAGAGGGAAAGCUUUCAGUCAGACAUGUGACUUUGCACAAAACAAGAGAAGGACUUCUAAUAAUAUGAGCUCUCCACCUGAGCGUCAUCAUAUUUAUUUAGGAAGAUCAUAAAGAGGACCCCGGAGAAAGACAAAAAAUAUUUUUUUCUUUUUAAGACUGAGGCAUAAAAACAGAACGCAAUUAUUGAAAUGACUCAGAUACAAUUUUUCUUUUUUUCGGACUCCGGGGGUGGAUUCCGUGUGUUUUGACCCUGUGAAGAUACCAGAUCUGUUAAUCCGCUCUUUGGGGACCUGUUCAUGAGUCAUUCUCUUCUCCGGUGCUCCGUCCCGCUCCUCAGCCAGCCGGACUGCGGUGGGUCGGAGUGGAGUGGAGGGGAGGACACUUCUUUCUCGGAAACUGAUGAAGUUUUGCGUCUGGCGCGCAUCCAGACUGCACCUCCUGUACUUACAUCCUAAAUAAUCCCCGAGCGUCAGAGUUCUUCUUCUUUGUGACAUACAAAAAAGAAAAUGCGAAGCCUAAGCGAGGGUGUCUCGGUCGAUGCCCACAAACUCAGACCGGGAACUCCUUCGACGUGUUCACGCUGAGCGCACCUCCGAUCAAGCAUCUGUGACCAUGACUUCGGCUCUGCCUCUCUACAUCGGAAUGGAGGUGGUGAUCGCCGUGUCCUCGGUCAUCGGCAACGUGAUGGUCGUCUGGGCUGUUCGCAUCAACCGGUCUCUGAGAGACACCACGUUCUGCUUCAUCGUCUCUUUGGCCUUGGCUGACAUUGCGGUCGGGGCUCUUGUCAUCCCGCUGGCCAUAACCAUCAGCAUCGGGCUCCAGACACACUUCUACAGCUGCCUGUUGUUCGCCUGCACGGUGCUCGUCCUAACCCAAAGUUCCAUCCUUGCACUGCUGGCCAUCGCUAUUGAUCGUUAUCUGAGAGUCAAAAUACCCAUGAGUUACAAGAGAGUGGUAACCCCUCGGCGAGCUGGGACAGCCGUGCUGUUGUGUUGGCUGGUGUCCAUCAUAGUGGGCCUCACGCCAAUGUUUGGCUGGAAUAACCUGCAGUUUCUCCUUAAAAAUGGCACCGUGACCACUGACGAGCUUGUGGUGACCUGCGAGUUUGAGACAGUCAUCAGCAUGGACUACAUGGUCUACUUUAACUUCUUUGGCUGGGUCCUGCCGCCUCUUCUGCUCAUGCUGGCCAUCUAUGUGGAGAUUUUCUACAUGAUCCAUAAACAGCUCAACAAGAAGGUGACAGCAAGCCACACGGAUCCCAGACGAUACUUUGGGAAAGAACUUAAAUUAGCCAAGUCUCUGGCCCUCGUCCUUUUCCUCUUCGCAGUCAGCUGGCUCCCACUUCACAUUCUCAACUGCAUCACUCUCUUCCUCCCGGGCUACAAGAUGUCGAUGUCCCUCUUUUACGUCGCCAUCAUUCUCACCCAUGGCAACUCAGCCGUCAACCCCAUCGUCUACGCUUUCCGCAUCAAGAAAUUCCGCACAGCGUUUCAGAAAAUCUGGAAACAGUACAUGCUGUGUCAGGACCCCAUCGGUCGCCUUCCUCAGCGAGGGAGCCAGAGAGGCCAGAGCCGCGACACGAGGCUCAGGCAGAAUGAUGAUGACGAUGACGAUGUUUGACCUUUGGGAACUAAUUGUGCUAUUGUGUUACUGACAAUUUUUACAGCAGUUGUUUACAGGAACAUGAGACCUGAUGCUCAAGGUCUGAUGCAGAUCCCAGUGACAUUAAGGGUACAGAGAAAGUGGGGCUUUUAUGACCAAUCUCUUGAACUGAAAUCAGUAAGUGCAUAUGUGUAGAACAUGUGGUACUAUAGCGUUGUGUACUGUAUUCGUUGACUAAAACUACAAUUCAAGGCCUUCGACAUCUGAAAGAGCUCAAGUCUAUUCAUCUAAAAUUUUUGCUUCAUUAAAAUGCUUCAUUUUUGUGGCCUUAAGGACCAAAAGGAACUGAGCAUUGGUGAAUAUAAUUACUCUGGGGAACUUGUUGUGACUGAAGAGAAAGCUUCAAAAUGAAGUUUGACGCUUUAAGAAGGUUUAUGAUGUUGGAUGUGUUCGUUGUUGAUGUGGGGAAAAAAUUUCAAAUCAGAAGCAAAACUUCUGAUUUUAUUCAUAUUAAAGUAAAAUUGAAAUUCAAACUCAUUCCAACUGUAUUAAAAUUUCUUAAAAUUGUCCAUAUUUUGUCACUUCAGUAUUUUUUAUUUUUUAUUUUUCUUAGAAAAACCAACAGAGUAGAGAAUAACUUUGAAGGUAAAGAAAAGUUAGAAAUGAAACAUGAAACAAGUGUUUGAAUUUCUUUUAACAUUAAAAAAUAUGGAAUUUAUUAUUUGGCCUGUCAUUACAGGGAACAUGGUUAUUGGAGACAAAAUCUGAGAUUGUGAAAGAUUUGUUUUAAAUGUGGACCAGAUGCCAGGAGACUACUGGAAACAUUAACAUAGAGGCAAACGUUAUGGUUUUCGACAUCUGAAAGAUCAACUCUUGUUGAUAUUACAAGAGUGAAAUCAUUUUUCUGUGUAUUCCACCUCUGUCAUGCUUUGUCAGACUGCUUUUUCAUUAAACUUCAAAUGUAAGAUAAAACAAAUUCAUGAUAGGAACCAUAUUGCUUUUUAGCCGAGCCUUGCUUCAGGCCUGUUCAGAACCUUCUUGUGCCGAAUCUUGAUGUUAUGAAAGUUAAUGUUUUCCCCACCUUGUGGUGCCGGAUGGGUAUUACAACAGUUCCGAUUGCUUUUCCACAGAGUGUUUAGAUGAACUUACCCUCCUCCUAUCUACCCCCAAAAUACUAGAUAUCAAGAAAAAUAUCUGGAGCAGUAUUGCUGGGGUCUGAGACCAUUUGACUGACAAAAUAACUAAUCCUACCUAAUAACUCUUGCUUUUAAUUAGAUAUCUGUGGACACAAUGCUUAAAACCCACAGACACAUUGGUCAUAUAACUGCAGCCACAUCAGUUUUUUAAUUAAAGAUCAAUGCAUUCAAAGAAUGCUGGUGCUCCUUCAUCUUCUCAGCUCUGUUUGAAUGAGUCCUUUUAUCCCCACUGCACACUCGGCUGGCCGUUCACUGUUUCAAAGUUUACUCUUGAUUCAUGAGAAAAUACAAUAAUGUCUUUUUAAUUAAUUUUCCUUUCAGGGCAGGGAUACUUUAAUUAAUGUUGCUUGUGUAAAGUGAAUCAUAAUUGAUACUGUAUGUUAUGCACAUGGUAAUAUAUGACUGCUGACACAAAUAUGAUAUGUAGAACUCAAUGUAACUAACUCAUAUAGGCGCUGGUAGGAGACACUGUUAAAGAUUCAUCUCACUGGGGGAACAGCUGUGCAGUGACAAAUUCACAGCUGUUGUUUGCAAAGAGCAGGAAGUCCAACCUCUAAGCCCCUCUUAUUUGACUAGCCAGAAAAAAUGUUGAGGGGCUUUGGAUUUGUAAUGCAUUAUUUGCACAAAAAUUUUGAAGAAUCACAAUUUAAACAGAUUUAUUUUCUUAUUUUUUUUCAUUCUUCUCUCCAUGGAUGUCUGUAUGACAUGUUAAGACAGUCAAGGGUUAUUUUGUUUUCCUCUGAAAGCAUGCAUCACAAAUUUCUGUUAUGUGGCAGACAGUGGGUGAAUAAGUGAGGGGCUUCUAAGCAUGAAUGCAGGGAAGAAAUAAAACCAAAUCUAGAGUUUAUGUUUUAGAAAGAGUUGCUUCUUAGACGGAAACCUGUUAUACAAAAGUAUACCUUUUACAUAGGUAUUACAGAGAAUAGACAAACAUACACUUGAGCAUUCUAAUUUAACAAGACUGAGUGUAUUUCAAAUGCUGCACUGUUAUAAUACAAUAAUGUGUCCACGUGAUUACUUUCUUUCAUUUUCUGUGCAUUUAUUGCCCUGCUACAUUGUACUGGAAAGUUUUAAGAUCAGAAUAUGAUCUCACCAAAUAUAUUCAAAUUUAACCUUUGAAUUUGCUGAAUUAUUCUGCAAGAAUCUUAAAAGUACUGAAUCUGGAAGGACACUAUUGAAGUGUAUUAGCACCUUACUAAUAGUUCAAUUCUUAUAUAAAAGAUCUUUCAAAGUGAAGUGCAGGUUGUCAUAAGAUGAGAAAUGAUAGUUCAAAUAAAACAUUAAAAAAAUUGUGAUUACAUAGCUUUGUUCAUGUCUUUGUUUUUCUUCACGUUUUACCAAACUCUCGCUAUAUAAGAUAAUCUGCAGUAACAAAAUGCUUUGUGAACUGUAGGAUGGAGUGGGAUGAUACAGUACAAAUCAAAAUAUGCAGUGCCUUGCAAAAUGAUGUACAUCCCGUGAAGAUUUUCACAUUUUAUUACAUUAUAACCACAAAUGGUAAUAUUUCUUACUGGGACUUUAUAUGAAAAACUAACACAAAGUAGUGGAAAAUUAUAAAGUGAAAGAAAAAUGACAUCAGGUUCUAAAACUGCAAAAAUCUGGAAACUUUGUAAUUUAAUGUUUGUAUAAAUGCAACUUUUUUUGUAAAGGCUUCAUGUUUGUUAGAGGAUAUGAGUGAAUAACCAGCAUCAAGGAGAUCAAUGAAAACAGCAGAGAUGUUGGUGAUAAAAUUGUGCAGAUGUUCCCAUGCUUUCAAAAUCUCACAAUCCAGUGUUCAAAUCAGAACUGUCCAUCUAAGCUAAUGUUCAUGAUUGCUCUGGAAGAGAGAUCCACAGGUCAGAUGAGACCGGGGAUCUCAGAGGAUCUCAGCUUUCUGACCUAUUUGGAAAAUAUGGAGUGGAAAAAAAGUAUAAUAUGAUGACAACUGCAUCUUGGGCGCCACACAUUUGGCUGGAGCUACACAUCUAUGUGGUUAAUAGCCUAAUCAAAGUCUCAAGUUAAAUGCAAAAUAAAUCUUUGACAAGAAUAUGACUGAGCGUGAGUUAUUUCCAAAAGCGGAAAUGGGAAAAAGCCUUUAUAGCCCAUAUGUAGAUCACUGGUAGAGCAAGAAACCAAUAUAUCUGUUACUAUUUUUGCAGCAAAAUGUAGUUGAACAUAGCAUUAUGUUAGGGUUACUGUGUAAUGUUUUCUUGUAAAAACAUUCAAAACUAUCCUUUUCUUUGUACUUCACCUUCAUGCACAACAUUGUUGUACACAGCUUUGUUGUGCUAACGAUAAAAUGGGAAAAAGCUCAAAUGUGUUUGCAAGACAAUAUAUUACUGUUAGUUAUGCAUCAAAAUUGUUAAUUUACUGAUGUAAAUACUGGUACAGGAGGAUUAUGUAUAAAACUCCAAGGGAUUUGGAUUGUAUUUCAUAAUUUAUUUGCAGAUUAUAUUUUAAUUGAAAUUGUUAUUUGGUACAAGAGAGUGAGCGUUGAAGUCCACUGACAGCUUUCAGUUUUACAUUAGUAAUACAUAAUUUGUAGAGGUAAAUUAUUUUUGGAGAUACACUUUCUUGGAAUUAUCAAAGUGGAUCAGUUCAGUUGUCAGAGGCUGAAUAAUUAAUGUUCUGUGGAAAAAAGCUCAUUGAAGGGCAUUGAGGCAGCAGGCAGGAAGUAUUUAGAUGGCAAGGUCUUUAUUAUCAAAACUAAUCUGAGAAAUCUUUGGGGUAGGAAAUCUACUGAAACACUGUCUGUGACUUAACCAGCAAGAAAAAAGGGAGCAGCUGUACUUACCAUUUCAUUUUAAUAAAGUUCUUUCUUCCACUUGCAUUCUAUUUUGUUUUACCUCUGAACUUAUUUUCUCCACAGCUGAAUAUUGAAUGUGGUUUGCCCUUUAUAUAAAAAUCUCUGUUCCAGCUUGGAGUAUUUUUUUUAAAUUAUUUUACUUUAUUUUUUACUCUGCCUGACAGGUUGCCCUUGUCGUCGUUCCACAGAACUGCUAUCCAGACCUGGAGUAUUUGCUGCCUCCAGAAGUGUCUUCACAGUUUCUUAAUGUCUCUCAUAAACUGUUUUUAGCUUGUCUUUUGUUUUUUGUUUCCUUGCUGUUAAGUGCUGCUAUACUGAUGGUGCACAUUACUUGAGACAAAAAAUAUUUGAUCUUAUUAAGCUAAUGAAUUAUUCUACCAAGACGUGGAGAGAUGGAAUAUUAGCUUAUCUUUUUGUAUGUUACAAUAAAGAGGAUAGUUGCAGAAUCA